AUGGGUUUACAUAUAGUCACAACACUGAAACAAACACUUUUCUCUUUGAAGGAGCGCAGUACUCCAUUCCAAGAUGAAUAUCCUCCCCUCUCAGAAUAUGAGCCACCUUCGGCUAAGUCGGGCGAAGAGGAAGACGUGUAUCUUAUUCGCGCCCAAGGUCUGCCUUAUUCCUGCACCGAGGAAGAUGUCCUUAACUUCUUUGCAGGCAGCAAAAUUCGAAAUGGUGUGAACGGCAUACAUUUCCUCUUAAACAGAGAUGGCAAACGCAGAGGAGAUGCUUUGGUUGAACUGGAGUCAGAGCAGGAUGUACAGACUGCUUUAGAGAAACACCGGAGAUAUUUGGGGCAGCGCUAUGUUGAAGUUUUUGAAAUACAUAAUGAGGAUGUUGAUGCCAUCAUGAAGAGUCUGCAGUCCAGUUCAACAUCAGUGACCAAUGAUGGAGUGGUACGAUUGAGAGGCCUUCCCUAUAGUUGCACUGAAGUGGAUAUUUCUGACUUCUUCUCAGGCUUGGUGAUAGUUGACAUAACAUUUGUCAUGGACCAGAGGGGGAGAAGGAAAACAGGAGAAGCAUUUGUGCAGUUUGCUACACCUGAGAUGGCUAAUCAAGCUUUGUUGAAGCAUAAGGAGGAGAUUGGGAAUCGCUACAUAGAAAUAUUCCCAAGCCAAAGAAGUGAAAUUCGAACACACAAUGGUUUUUUCCGGGGUAAGAAGAUGAUGGGUUAUCCCAAUACAAAACAAGAUUCUGAAUCUGUUUUUGAUGAAGGUGAUUUGAGUGAGGCCUUAAGACCUGUUACCACUUAUGAAAGUGAUAAAGAGAACGAAGCUUUUAAGCAAGCAUUUGAAAAGCCUCGGGAUAUGUUGGAAUCUGGGAAUUUCUCCUCACUUCACUUUGUUCAUCUGAGGGGUCUUCCUUUUCAAGCAACAGCACAAGAUAUUAUAAAUUUUUUUGCACCCCUGAAACCAGUGAGGAUCACUAUGGAAUAUAAUUCAAGUGGGAAAGCAACAGGAGAAGCAGACGUGCACUUUGAGACACAUGAAGAUGCAGUUGCAGCCAUGGCUAAAAACAGGUCUAACGUGCAACAUAGAUACAUUGAAUUAUUUUUGAAUUCAUCACCAAGCAGAAAAAAUGGUUGCCAGUGACAAUGGCAUAAUUACCAAAGUUUAGGAUAAAUCAAGAUGCAUCUCAUUUGCACAUUUUCCUAGAGCUGGGAUACAGGGCAUUCCUGUAACCAACAAGGACAAAUUCUAGAGGACACUUUUUCUGAAAAUCCAGCAGCUAUAUCUAAAGCCCUAUGAAUUGUUUGUGCAGAGUAUGUUUUAUGUGAAACCAAAAUUAAACUGUCCUCAAACCUCUUGCUACAAUACAUGUCCUGAUCGAUUGAGGACCAAGCAUUGGUAUGCAAAUAUAGCAUAGCUUGUCAUUGUUCCUGAAUAAGACUGGUGCAAACAGAAGCAGACUCUGGCUUCAAGAAUAUUGUUUCAUAUAUGUGAAAACUCAGCUGUUACAUGGGUCUAGGUCUGUGUCAUGCCUUAAUAUAAAGAGAGAAGUGUGUGAUUUAUAGCUUGCUGUUGAUUGUUCAGGCAGUGAGACAGUAGGCAGAGUUACAUCUACAUUUGCAUAGAACAUACCAGUAAUGCUUAGAUUCAGCAGUUUGUUUAGGCAUUUUGUGUCUUUUGGAGCGGAAUGGGAAAGCCCCAAAAUAAAGACAGCUCUGCAUGCAAAUAGAA